AUGCGUGUCCUAGGCACAAUCACAGCUAUGACCAUGGUACGGUGGAUUUCCCUGGUUGGGAUAUGCGUGUUAGCACUUCUCUCUGCUGUAGCUCUACAGACCCUCAGCCUCGGCAGCAAUACCAUUGAGCAGGAUCCCAACUCCCACAGUCUCUCACAGACGCCCUUCCUUGAGCUACUAUCAGAGCCUGAGCUCAAGCUGAACGCCAAGAGAGAUGACAAUCAACUUCCUGGACUGCUCGGCGGUGUUCUAAACCCUCUACUCGGUGGUACCGCCCCGUCGAUCCCGGCAGUUCCUGCAGUACCCGUUCCCGCAGUGCCUGUUCCACCAUCUGCUCUACCUCCAGCGUUGCCGGUACCUGUGAACACCGAACUCACCGUCCCACAAACCCCAGCUACACCGCUUCCUAUCCAGCAAGCUCCGUUGCCACCGGCACCUGCUUUGCCAGCACAACAAGGGGGUGGCGGCAUCCUAGGUGGUAUCCUCGGAGGGCUACUCGGUGGCGGGAACGCUCCAGCUCCUCUACCAGAAGCCCCGCUGGCUGGUCCGGCCCUUGCCCCUGCACCUGCACCCGCACUCCCGGCGCCCGCGGCCCCAGCCGUGCCUGGAGCUGAUACCCUCAAUAUCUUGGGUGGCCUCGGUGGGCUUGUGUCUGAUGUAAUCGGCAAAACAGGUGUGCUACAGGGUGUUGUCAAUGGUGCAGGACCGGCAGCCCCCGGACUUGGGCCUAUCGCUCUCCCGGAUGCAGGCGACAUCAUGAAAGCAGCUGAAAGUGCUGUAGCCGACAACGUGCCUAUCGGCGAUGUCGUUGCCGCAGUUGCCGGGAAAGUCAUGGAUACCGUCAAUGAAGUCGCCAACACACUGGUACCGGUACUCAACGAGACCACAAGCGCAAUUGUUCCCCUGGCCGAUGGUGUCAGCGCAGUUUUGCAACAUCCACCGAUUGGUGAUGUCCUUGGAAAAGUCGUUGAUACUCUUGCAGACUUCACGGCCCAGGUAGUCAACGUCACAACCCCAGUAUUGGACGCUGUCGACAACUUGGUCCCCCUACCAAUUGACCUGUCAAAUAUCGUACAAGGGGCCGCUGGCGCUGUCAACGAAGUUGCCAAGGGUGUCAAUGAGCUGUUAUGUGAUGUUCAGGGUGUCGACGCUGUCUCUGUGAUUCUGAGGAAACCCUGCACCGAGUUGGCUGCUAGCUUUGCGACUGUCCUGCCGGAUCAGAGCUCGCUGUCUAUCGUGGUCACAACACAGACAGGAACCGGGAACAUUUUAGCAACUGUCACAAACUCCGCAGGUUCUACCAUUCUUCCCAUUAUGCCAAGCGUCAACUCGGUACAGGUAUCAGCUCCGCUUUCCCCGGCUCAACCUCUAGCGACCGUUGCUGCAUUACCUGCACUACCUGCACCGCCUGCCUCGCAGCCUUUGCCAAUCUCAUUAUCAGCUUCGAGUCGGCCGCCAAGUGUCACCACCAUCGGGCCUCAGCCAUCCUCUCAGUCGCCCACGGCACUACUUUUUAGUGCCCUGCAGAGUGCUCUUAAUAGUGCAAAACAGUCCUUGUCAGCCUCUCUUGCCAGCUCGCCUCUGCCAACCGUUCCGGCAGCUCAGCCAAGCCCAAUCUCGGCUUCUUUGCUGCCUUUUGUUCAGCCAGCACCCUCUGUUCAACCAGCACCCUCUGUUCAACCAGCACCCUCUGUUCAACCAGCACCCUCUGUUCAACCAGCACCCUCUGUUCAACCGGCACCCUCUGUUCAACCAGCACCCUCUGUUCAACCAGCACCCUCUGUUCAACCAGCACCCUCUGUUCAACCAGCGGUAUCAACGUGGAUACUACCCUCAUCAAGCUCACUGCCCUCCAUCUUGGUGCCCGUUGCAGUGCCAUCGUCUUCUCCCCGACCCAACCCGUCGGACCUUUUGCCUGGACCUUGCCCUGGCAGAGGCUAUACUUGCGACAGAUGCUCCAGCGGCUGGUUCUGCCCCAACGGCGUACAACCGCGAAGAGAUACGCCAUGUGGGUAUGGCUGGGCAUGCGAGGACUGUAUCACAGGGUUCUUCUGCGUCCCGGAUCCUGCUACCCUAUCCAGUGUACUUCAAGCUGCUGUCUGUCCGGCUCCGGCUCCAGCUCCAGCUCCAACUCUUCUUCUGCCUCUAACACCAUUGCUUCCACGGCCUGUUGUGGCUCUACCCCAGGGAAGGUAUGCGGGCUGCUAUUCGGAUAGCACUGAGCGUGCCCUGGGAGAUUUGAAAUUUCUAGGGGAGGUGGACGGAACCCCGAUGGACAAUGGUCAAUGCCUCGACAUGUGUCAAAAGUCCGGAUACAAGCUCGCAGGCACGGAGGAUGGAACCGAAUGUUACUGUGGUAACUAUGUUUACAAUUCUUACCUCAUUGACGAUUCAAGGUGCAGCUCCCCGUGCUCGGGUGACAGUACCGCCAGCUGUGGAGGCCCCUGGGCCCUCGCCAUCUACAGCUCUGAUGGCAGAGUUGAGGUGAAACAGCCUGCGUUCACAUUGACCGAACCGGCCCCUGGAACACCUGAGACAACUCUUCAUAUUGGUGGCGUUCGCCAGACAGUGGUUCCUGUGACCAUGCCCGUCUUCAUGUGGCCCCCUCCUGCUGACAACGUGCUGUCUCCCAUGAUGAGCAGCAGUUGUACUACCGCUACCCCGACAACAUCAUGCACAAAAUCCGUAGUGCCAUCCAUUGAUGCGGCAGGCUUGCUGUCUUCUGUGGGUGCGAUUGUAUCGGACGCCAUGCUCAGGGCCAGCUCGGUGGAGUCUGACGUGCUAUCUCGCGCAUCAACAGCCAUGGAUGGUGCCAAACAUAUGGUCAGCAGCGGCAUCUCAAGCGUGGUUGGUGAGAUGAGUUCUUUUAUCUCCGUCGUGGCACACCAGACACCGAACCCUCUAAUUGACGUUAUGCCUGGCCCUGCCAUGCCUUCUUGCGUCGGAUCGGGUCUUGGAUGUGUUCCUGUGGCGCCAGGGCCUAUGCCAACUGGAGAGCCGGCCCCUUGGACGGGGAAUCCCUCUAUGGGAAGCACACCGGGCUCAGGUAUAUCGGGCUCUGGAGAUACGCCAUCAGAUGGAACUACUCCGGGGGUUCCCGUAAUAGUCACAUACGGACAAAGCAAAUUGUCCAACUCGGACAAUGUGGACGAGGAAGAUGUCCCAAACAGUCGACAGAGGAGGCGUAUUCGUGGACGCAUCGGGGCCUAA